AUCUCCAGCAACAGCAUUGUUUCCACAGAAGCACAUUUUUGCUAUGAGUCCCUGAGUGGAUCUUGUGGCAGGAUAGUUCUACCCAUGAGUCUCCAGUGUCUCAUGGUCCUGUUCAUGGGCUUGACCAUAGUAGUAACAAUGAGUGGGAACCUUCUGGUCAUUAGCUCAAUAGCACACUUUGAGCAGCUGCACACCUCCACAAACUACCUCAUCCUCUCACUAGCAAUGUGUGACUUCCUGCUGGGGGCAUUUGUGAUGCCCUGCAGUGCUGUACGGUCUGUCACAGGUUGUUGGUACAUGGGUGACUUCCUGUGUAAACUCCACACCAGCACAGACAUCAUGCUGAGCACCUCCUCUAUUUUCCAUCUUUCAUUCAUCUCAGUCGACCGAUACUUUGCCGUCUGUGACCCACUAAUGUACAGGACCCUCAUCAACUCUGCUGCGGUCCUAAUCAUGCUCACCAUCAGUUGGCUGGUCCCAGCUAUGUUUGCUUACGGGCUGAUCUUCUCUGGGCUCAAUGUAAAAGGCAGUGAGGACUUCUUUGAAGCACAUGUGCACUGUUUUGGAGGCUGUCCAGUGUUUUUUAGCCGCGCUUCAGCAGUAGUCGCCUCUACAUUCUCCUUUUUCAUUCCCGGCCUGAUCAUACUUAGUAUCUACUUGAAAAUCUACGUGGUUGCCAGACAUCAGGCAAGGUCUAUUAAAGAUAUGACACGGAAGUUUCAGGCGGAGGGGGAAAAUGCAUCUAGGCAACGAGAAAGAAAAGGAGCAAAAACCCUUGCCAUAGUGGUUGGAGUCUUCCUCAUCUGCUGGGCCCCCUUUUUCCUGUGCAACAUCAUUGACCCCUUCAUCGGUUAUUCUAUCCCCCCAGUGUUGGUUGAUGCCCUGGUCUGGUUCGGUUACUUGAAUUCAACUUUUAAUCCUGUGGUUUAUGCUUUCUUUUACACCUGGUUCAGAAAAGCUCUUAAAAUAAUCAUUUUUGGGAGAUCAAAACGUAAUACUCGGCAGAUGCAGCUGUACUCUUAA